AACUCAUUCAGAUCGUCUUUUUUGUGUUUUAACGCAGAAGUUAGAGGAGCUAGCUAACUUUAGCUAACUCCGCUUUAAGGCAGUUUUCUGCUUUCACGACUCGAGCUGCGCUGACUGGAUCCUUUAACAGAGAUGAGGAUUAAUAACGUCUGUGUGGUUGCUGGCUCUCUGCUUGUGUGCUCUCAUACUUAGUUAAUGUUUGAACAAGGAGCUGUUCCUAACUGACGCAAACAGGUGAAGAAAUGAAGGAAAGGAUUGAAAGAAGACCUCUGCACACACAUAGAGGAGGAUGUCUGCAACUGGGAAAAAUCCUUUUCAACACAUCGUCGAGCCUCUUGACCCCAAGAACUCAAAUCAGCAGUUUUUCAACCUCCUGAAUCUUGGAGAUCCGAGAUAUGAGCGUUUGCCAUUCUCCAUCCGGGUUCUGUUAGAGUCUGCUGUUAGAAACUGUGAUGAAUUUCUGGUAAAGCAGUCUGAUGUGGAGAGCAUUCUCAACUGGAAGCAGACCCAGACUCAAACAGUGGAGGUACCAUUCAGGCCGGCCCGUGUCAUCCUCCAAGACUUCACUGGCGUUCCUGCCGUGGUGGACUUUGCUGCCAUGCGUGAUGCUGUGAAGAAAUUAGGCGGCGACCCAGAAAAGAUUAAUCCAGUUUGCCCUGCUGACCUUGUCAUCGAUCAUUCCAUCCAAGUGGACUUUAACAGGAAGUCCGACAGCCUUCAGAAAAACCAAGACCUGGAAUUUGAGCGUAACAAAGAAAGAUUCCAGUUUUUAAAGUGGGGGUCUAAAGCCUUCAAGAAUAUGCGGAUAAUUCCCCCUGGCUCAGGAAUUGUUCACCAGGUCAACUUGGAGUAUUUGGCACGAGUGGUGUUCAACUACAAUGGCUUCUUUUAUCCUGACAGUCUGGUGGGCACAGACUCCCACACCACCAUGAUCGAUGGCCUUGGGGUCCUCGGCUGGGGUGUUGGCGGGAUUGAGGCGGAGGCUGUGAUGCUGGGUCAGCCCAUAAGCAUGGUGCUGCCUGAGGUGGUGGGAUACAAACUCCAUGGGACACCAGACAAACUUAUUACCUCUACUGAUAUCGUCCUCACCGUCACUAAGCACCUCCGUCAGGUGGGAGUAGUGGGGAAGUUUGUGGAGUUUUUUGGCCCAGGUGUGUCCCAGCUGUCCAUUGCUGACAGAGCCACCAUCGCCAACAUGUGUCCUGAGUACGGCGCCACGGCGGCUUUCUUCCCCGUGGAUAACAUCAGCAUUCAGUACCUGGAGCAGACUGGACGAGAAAGAGAAAAGUUGGACUACAUCACAAAGUACCUGAAGGCAGUGGCCAUGUUCAGAGACUAUAAUGAUGCCGCUCAGGAUCCAGAUUACACUCAGGUGGUGGAGCUGGAUCUCAGCUCAGUGGUCCCGUGCUGUAGCGGGCCCAAAAGGCCUCAGGACAGAAUUCCAGUUUCUGACAUGAAGAAAGACUUUGAGACGUGUUUGGGAGCAAAGCAAGGAUUUAAGGGCUUUCAGGUGGCCCCUGAACGCCACGCUGCUGUGGUCCCCUUUCACUUUGGUGGCAAGGAAUACAUAUUAAGUCACGGCUCAGUGGUCAUUGCUGCCAUCACCAGCUGCACCAACACCAGCAACCCAUCCGUCAUGCUCGGAGCAGGACUCCUAGCAAAGAAAGCCAUAGAAUGUGGUUUGAGUGUGAAGCCGUACAUAAAGACCAGCCUGUCCCCUGGCAGCGGAGUGGUGACCUAUUACCUGAAAGAGAGUGGAGUGAUGGACUACCUGUCUCAGCUGGGCUUUGAGGUGGUUGGCUACGGCUGUAUGACGUGUAUAGGAAACAGUGGUCCGCUACCUGAUCCAGUGGUGGAGGCCAUAACUCAGGGGGAUCUGGUUGCUGCUGGCGUUCUGUCUGGAAACAGAAACUUUGAGGGCCGAGUCCACCCCAACACUAGAGCCAACUACUUGGCGUCACCACCACUGGUCAUUGCUUAUGCAAUCGCCGGGACUGUGAGGAUAGACUUUGAGAAGGAGCCCAUUGCCACCAACUCAGAAGGUAAAGACAUCUUCCUGAGGGACAUCUGGCCCACACGCGAGGAGAUCCAGGCUGUGGAGAGGGCUUUUGUCAUUCCAUCCAUGUUCAAAGAAGUCUAUGAGAAGAUAGAGAAAGUAAAUGAGCGCUGGAACUCUUUGGUGGCUCCUUCUGACAAGCUGUACACCUGGGACCCCAAAUCCACCUACAUCAAGUCACCCCCUUUUUUUGAUUGUUUGACCAUGGCGCUGCAGCCUCCAGAGUCGAUAAAGGACGCUUACGUGUUGCUGAACUUAGGCGACUCAGUCACAACGGACCACAUUUCUCCUGCAGGGAACAUCGCCAGGAACAGCGCUGCAGCACGCUACCUCACCGAGAGAGGUCUAACUCCUAGAGAAUUCAACUCCUACGGCUCCCGCAGAGGAAACGACGCCAUCAUGGCCAGAGGGACGUUCGCCAACAUCCGGCUCUUUAACAAGUUCCUGAACAAGCAGGCGCCACAAACCGUUUACCUGCCAACCGGAGAGACGCUGGAUGUGUUUGAUGCUGCAGAGCGGUACCAGCAGUCUGGUAUCCCACUGCUGGUUCUGGCAGGAAAGGAGUACGGCUCAGGAAGCUCCAGAGACUGGGCUGCUAAGGGCCCCUUUCUGCUGGGAAUCAAGGCGGUCCUAGCAGAGAGCUAUGAGCGAAUCCACCGCAGUAACCUCGUUGGGAUGGGGGUGAUUCCUCUGGAGUAUCUCCCAGGAGACACAGCAGACAGCCUGGGCCUGACCGGCCGAGAGCGCUACACCCUCGUCAUCCCUGAGCCGCUCACACCCCGGAUGGUCGUCGAUGUGAAGCUGGACACAGGAAGAACAUUUAAAGUACGGAUGAGGUUUGACACCGACGUGGAGCUGACUUAUUUCCACCACGGGGGAAUCCUCAACUACAUGAUCCGCAAAAUGUCUCAAAACUGAUGUUUUGUGUCCAAACGACAGCGGCAACGCUUUCUGUGAUCUACCUGUGACCUGAAAAACCUCAUCCACACAUUACUCCCAGAACCGAUUCAUGCUCUUAAUUCUUAACGAUGCAGCUUUAGCUCUGAUUGGAAAUGGUGAAAUGUGUGUGUUUGUGUUAUGUUGUGGACAUUAGAGCGUGUGUUUCUGCUGUCUGACCUGCAGGUGGCAGUAAAGGAAAACAAACACAAAGUGCUGAUGAGAACUGGAUCAUUCUGCUGUCAGUUUCAUAUCAUUAAAACUAGAUUUACAAAAGCACCCUGACGGACCCUGACCCAGGCUCUGGUGGAGCAGGGGUCCAGAUUAGACCCUAACCCUACACUCAGUGAGAUGGGUUAAGUACUGGGAUCACUGUACACGCGUCGCCAUCAUUCCACGGUUGUCAGUGGCAGCUUUAUUGUCCGAUUUUGUUAUGAAAUGAUUGUUUUCAGUUCUAAUACGGUGAAUGUUUGCGUCACAUUUUUCAUGUUUAUUAAUCCAAAAGCAUAAUGCCAGAGUUUCUCCUGAAAAGAAUAAACAUGUCUUCUCCUGA